AUGUCCGCUCCCCUUAUUUUCAUCACUGGUGCCACUGGUUUCAUUGGCAGCGCCACUGCGGUUGAAGCUCUGAAGGCAGGAUAUCGACUUCGAAUCGGCGUCCGCAAGAGAUCAGAGAAACUGGAAGAUGUCUUGUCAGGCCACCGCGACCACGUGGAAUUUGUCACUAUUCCUGAUCUGACCCAUGAAGCUGCUUUCAGAGGCAAGCUUGACGGAGUGGACUUUGUCCUGCAUUUAGCAUCACCCCUUGCCCGUGGCACAGAUCAGGAUGCGAUUUUCACCCCUGCAGUUCAGGGAACCCUGGCCCUGCUCAAGGAGGCAGCUACCGUGCCAAGCAUCAAGAAGGUCGUUAUUACUUCGUCUAUUGCGUCAUUGAUUCCUAUCACCGGAAUACCCGAAGGUGGCAUCAUUAAAGAGGAUAACGACUGGAAUCUCACUGUAGACCCAAAGGCCAACUUCGUUGAUCCUAACAAUCCUGAUGCAACACCGAUGACUUUGUACCGAGCAUCCAAAUUGCUUGCAAACAACGCCACCUGGGAGUUUUGGGGAACCGAAAAGCCACAUUUCUCCUUGGUCACUAUUCAUCCAGCAUUUGUCUUUGGUACCAAUUUCAUGCAAAGUUCCGCACAGGAAGUUCAAGCAGGAUCCAAUGGAAUUCUCUGGGGCAGUUUAACUGGAGGUGUUCCGCUUGGCGGGAUUACUGGUGUGCACAUCCAAGAUGUGGCUGAAGCUCAUGUCAAGGCUUUAGACCCGAAGAUUAAGGACGGUUCAAAGUAUCUGCUUUCCGCUCCCGCAACCACUUGGAAAGAAGUGGCGAAGGUCGCUCUCAAAGCCUACCCCCAUAUUGGCAUGAAGAUCACGCAGGACGUUGAGGGUAUUCCUUCCAUGCCCACUGAUACGACUAAGGCAGAGGUCGAGCUCGGGAUUCAAUGGAGAUCUUGGGAUGAGAUAGUGCGCAGUGUGGUUGAUCAGCAGUUGGGCUUCUUGCAAGGCUGA